AUGGUACCUGAUGGUCUGGACUUGAAAAAUAAGGUGUUGUCGUGGCUUAUAUUUUAAUAAAAAGUAUUACUAUUCGCUAGUUUUAUCUUAGAAUUCAUUAAUUAUAUUAUUUAAUAAUUACCGUUUCGCAAUGUGACGAAUACGGCAGUGAGUAAAAAAUUUAGUAUUGAAUCUUUUUUUUUUCUAAUUUACAUUGUUCGUGGAAGAGAAUCUUCAGAAUUUGUUUAAUACUUUCUUCGUCGUUGAUUUUUUGCAGAAAGUGCAUAUUUCACAAACGUGAAAAAUAAUUAAUCAAAUUAUCGUUCCACACGGCAUUUAUUAAACUUUUACAUGUACAUAAUUAAAAUCUGUCAACAUGAUAAGUAUCAAGCACUGAUACUUGUGACUUUCCUAUUUUCUCCAUCUGAAACAUUUUAUCGUUAACACAAACUUUUUAAAGAUACACAAGCAGGAAAUAUUUUCUUUAAAUAACAAAAUGAGAAAAGUUGUAACUCGGCCCAAAGGGAAACAUUUCCAUUGCAUCGUAGUCCAAAUUCGAAGGGCUAACCAUGAGUCUACCGCAUCCUCCUGCAGAUCUGCAGAGAAAAUAAAAUCCAGCGGAACGGUACCAACAAAAUCCCGAAUUAGUCAGACGACUCGAUGAGAGGUACGAAUGGUACAAAAAGCGCGAGGGGACAAGCCAGAAUCGACCGUGAAUGAAAGCGAUCCGAG